AAUCCCCGUUUAUUUAAUAAUAUAAUUGAAUCUUUUUUUUAAAUAUAAACAUUCAAUUCUUUUUCAAAUCAUCAUAUCAAUCACGCUAAAUUUAAUAAUUAAAAAUGUCGUAUCAACAGAAUGAUUCCAGUGAUGAUGAUUUAAAUCAUUCAUCUAAAUCAAUUAAAAUAAAUAACAUAAUUAAUGGGGAUGAUAAUGUACUUCAGCAACAUUGUCGAAACUAUUUAUAUGAUAGUUAUUUAAAUAUAACAUCAAUUCUAAAUUCAACUAAUAAUGAUGAUGAUGUUCAACAACAACAACGAUCAAAAAAAAUAUUUGGUGAUCAUUUGGAGAAGAUGAGUGAAUUAUGUUUCGAUCAAUUGAUCGGCUCGCCACCAGCAUCACCAUCAACAGCAUCAACAUCAUCCAUUAAUCAAUGUAUUUGUUCAGUUGCCCAAUUAUCCGAUGAUGAAUUUAAUUUAAUCGAUAAUGUUGAUUUAAAUAAUGAACAACAACAGCAAUCAUUGAAUCAAUCAUUGUUCAUUAAUAGUAACGAAGAUAACGAUGAAAUUUUUCCAAUGAAUAAUGAUGAUGAUAAUAAUGAAAACAAUAUUAAUCAAUCGGAUCAACCACCAAGACUAAGAAAUAGCAAUACAAUUGGCUAUAUGACUGAUAUGCACGAAGAAUAUCAAACAAUUCCAUAUAUACAACAAUCAAUGUUGCAUAUGGGAUUUUUUGAAGGUAAUUAUUAUCCAAAUAAAUUAUGGACACAAACAAAUGAACAAGAAAUUCAACGUGAACAGAUUGAAAUAAUGGAUUUUGUUGAUUCAUCAAAUCAAAUUAUUUCAAAUGAUAAUGUUAAUGAUGAAAAUGAAGAUGAUGAUGAUGAUCAACAGCAACAACAACAAAUUCUUGAUAAUGAAAAUCUAGUCAAUAUUAAACAAUCUGCAUUAAAAUUACGACGAAUGAGUAAUGAAUUUCAACAACAACAACGACAACAUUCAUCAAUGAUAAUGAUGAAUAAUGUAAUCAAUCUGGUCAAACAAACAUUAAUAGAUUUUCGUACAUAUAUAAUCGAAAUAAUGUUUGAAAAAUAUUCACAUUUUUGUAAAAAUAUUCUUCCAUAUUUUUCAGAUUAUCGUUGAUGUUGAUGAUAAACCCUUACACAAACACACUGAAUGACAAUCAAUAAUGUUGUGUUACAAAUUCAAAAAAAAGAGAGAAAAAAAUCACUUCCAGAAAACUUAAAACUACCGAAUCACCA